UAUUCGUCGACACAGUGAGAAGGAAUCAUGUCAAUUUUAAUCACGAUACUGUCGAUUAUGACGAUCACGAUGACGGUAACAGCGGGCGAUUACGAAACUUACGAAAAGGACAGAGUUUCGCGUCUCGCCGAUUUUUCCCGUCACUUUCGCUGGUCGAAGGAAUCUCGAGCGAGUCGAGGGUACGCCGCCGAGCAAUGCCGUGACACGAAUCUUUGGAAGGAACAAUUGGGACACGUGAACGUGUUCGCGUUUUUAGAUCCUUCCUGGUACUAUAGCUAUAGACAGGCGAUCAUGUUGGAGAUGCUGCAGAAAAAAUUUGAGAAAUCGGGCUUCACGAACAUCUUGUUCUUCGUGGUGACGCCAUUGUCAGACAUUUCGGAGGACAACAUGGAGAACAACGUGGAGGUGAAAGCGUGGAGGGAAAUAUCGAGAAACAGGCAGAAGUCUGAGUAUUAUUUGGCCACGGAAGGGAUCUUGCUAAAUGAAUUUACAAGAAAGAAGGAAAGCGUGAUCUUUUUACGGGACAGUCCAGAAUUAAGAAUCUGGGAGAGUUUUCACGCCUCGAAGGACGAAGUGGUGGUCGUUGAUCGCUGCGGCAAAUUAACAUAUCAAGUUAUAGUGCCUUGGAGUAUACUAUACUUCCCUUACGUGAAAGCGGCAAUUCUCUCCACGUAUAAAGAAGAUCCGUGCGGUCCUUGCGAUGAAGAGUCGGACACGACAACGGUAGGCGUGUCGGAGGAUUAUGAAAAGUACGUUUCGAAAGGUAGAAAUUCAGGGGAGGAAACGGUAGAUGAAAAUUUUCAUUUACCUACAGAAGAUACAUUUACCGAUUCAGAGACCGUAACUGUAACUUCGGAUAAAUCGAAAGGAAUGGAAAAUGAAAAUAGUACGAGCACCGUCGUUCCUAUCGAAGUAGAUACUUACGAAAACAACGAUGUUUAUGACAUCACAACUGACGCGUCAAUUGUGCAGGCAGAAACGACAGAAGAUGUAAAGAAAGAUGUAAAAGACAGUACUUUUUUUACCGAUGAGAAUAUCGAAAUAACUUCGGAAGUUCCAUUGGAACGGGAAGAAACUCAAAUAUUAACUACGAUAUCGGACACGGAAACAACUGAAGUUUCUAACGGGACGGGGGAAACGAAAGAUCAUGUUUCUUCGAAUGAAGAGAUAACCACGAGUAACGAGAAUUCGUUCCUUAAGAUUAACGCUUCAAAUGUUGAUUUAAGAACGAACGAGGAAAAUGGUCAAAGUGAAUCGAAUGUUAGCUUCGUGGAUGAAGAAGUAAAUGUUAAUGUCGAACGCAAGGAAUUACAAGUUCAAAACAACGAGAGUAUGCCAUUACGUAUAAUAUUGUACGCUCCGCAUUUACAUAAGGGAGAUGGAACGUUGAAAAAAUACACGCAUCUAGUUCUAAAAACCGGAAGUCCUGAUUAUCACGAUCAUUUCCACAGCAGGGAUACAACUUCUGACGAAGAGCCAGUAGUAUUAGAAAAAUCAGAUUCAACGAUAUUGGAAGACAAAAAGCUGGCUAAAUACAUGCACAGUGUAAACGAGAAUCCAGGAUUAUAUGGAGAAAUUUCCGAUUAUUGGCGCACUGCAGACGAGGAAGAGUUAGAUAAUAAGAAAGAAGAUACAGGAUUUCCGGAUUAUGAUUACGCUACGGUAGAAGAUACAGAAAGUAGUGUUAAUGAUGCUUUCGACGGCGAAGGCAGUGUAUUACAUCCAAGCGAUAUUGAUACAAUCGAUUCGGAUACGAACAUUAAAAGUAACGACGAAUUGGACGAGUUCGCGCAACAGAGAUUAAUCGACCAUUACAGUAAACUAUUACGAUGGAUUUACUAUAUUCUUUAACAAAUCAAUUACAUUUAUUCAAAACACGAAUGCUACUGUGGAAGCAAUGUAUACACUGUACAUGUCUACACGGCUUAAUUGCACUGUCAGACACUGUAAAAU